GAUGCUUCUAUUCUGACCGCACCGCAUUACAAUUUCCUAAUUCUUGGGAAGCUUCGUAAGGCAAAGGGAUGGUUAGUCCACGUGGCACGCCAUCAAUGACCCAAUGCUGACGCUAUACGACGAAAGGACAUAGAAGGUGAGAGCGGGUUCCAUGCUCCUAUCCCAAUCUACCUUUUCUUCUCACUACACCCCCUCGGUGUUUCUUAAUACACCCCCUUCCUCGUUGCUCUCAUUUAUAAGAGGCCGUCUUUGCUACCCGACCCUUCCACAAAUUCUUUGCCUAUGCCUGAGCAGUGCUUCUUGUAGGCGCACGUUACCCUUCCUUCUUCUUAUUCUUCGUCUACUAAAAACCAGUUGUUCAUUCCUCCUUCAAACUCGCACUUAUGAGCUCCGGUGAUCAGAAAUCCGAUCGCCGUCGCCUUCCGGAGCUCAGACAGCUGAGGUUAACGAACGCCGCUGUCAAGCAUGAGAUCCUCACUCUCUUAUCUCUCCUCCUUCUGUUGCCGGACAUACCCUUCGCCGGAGCUCAGUCGAAUCCCAACGACAAUCGGAAUGACCCGUAUCAGUACAAUCAGUUCACGCCGUCCAUGGCUAUUAUCAUAGUGGUUCUUAUAGCCGCGCUGUUUUUCAUGGGAUUUGUUUCCAUCUACAUACGUCAUUGCAACGACGGACAGAGCACCGGAAACAGCGUGAGAGUCAUAGGCGGAGCCGGCCGGUCACGGCGAUCUCGCGGAUUGGAACGUACCGUGAUCGAUUCGUUCCCGACGUUUGCUUACUCGUCGGUGAAAGCGCAUAAGAUAGGGAAAGGCGCGCUAGAAUGCGCCGUGUGCUUGAACGAGUUCGAGGAGGAAGAUACCCUCCGGUUAAUCCCCAAGUGCGACCACGUGUUCCACCCGGAGUGCGUCGACGCCUGGUUGGAAAACCACACCACGUGUCCAGUUUGCCGUGCUCAGCUCUCUCCUCAACCCGACGAAGUGGUCCAGCCCGAUGGAUCUCCGAUCGGGUUGUCGGCAGAUGUCGAAGCUCAAAACGACGACGUAACGUUAGAACCAGGGGUUGAACAACGCGAGAGAGAUGAGCAGCAGUUGGUAUCGGAAACCGACCCGGAGGUUCUGGAUUUAAGAGCCAAGCUGAAUCGGAAUCGUACACGUGGAUCUAGAUCGAGCAGGACACGCAGGUUCUUCUUCCCGCGGUCGCAUUCGACUGGACACUCGUUGGUUCAACCGGGUGAGAAUUUGGACCGCUUCACUUUGAAGUUGCCGGUUGAGGUUAGGAAGCAGAUACUGAACCGGAAGCUUCAUAGGGCGACGAGCUUGGUGGUGUUGCCGAGGGAAGGGAGUUCGAGGCUCGGUUACCGAAACGGAGGCGAUGGAGGAAGUAAUAGAGGGAGUAGGAGUUCGAAACGGUUGGAUUCGUCGGUGUCGAAGUCGGACCGGUGGGUUUUCUCCAUGACGCCACCGUUUUUCAUGAGGAUGUCGUCGCUUAAGUCGCCGAAGGUUGCGGCGAGUGAGGAUCAUGGCGAAGGGACGUCAUCGGCUCAACCGGUUUUAUCAGGAGUGCUUCGGAGCGAUUCUGUUCGGCCUCCCGUUUAACGGCUUGUAACUUUUGUAUUUUCCUUUUUUUUUUUUUUUUUGGGUACUUUUUUUAUUUUUUAUUUUAUUUUUUAUUAUUGUCAAUUUUCCCAUCAACCGGGUUUGAUUAGUCUUGGGUUCGAUAUGUAAAUUGUCAAUAGAUUUUUUUUUUCUUUUUCGAAAUUUAUAUGCUUAAUUUUUUUUUUUGUAUUUAUUUAUAAUUUUAUGAAGACUAGUGUAAUAUCACAACAACCCUGCAAAAAAGAAGUAAAAAGUAAAAAUGGGUUUUGCUUUCUUAUA